GGUCAGCCCAUUCAGGGCCUUGGGAGAAGGUCAAUACACUUCCCAAUUUGAAGUGGUCACCAUUGCUUCCAGAAGAAAAGGAAAGUUUGUACCUAUGACAUCCCUGGAGAGUUACUUGCUGCUGACUUCACCCAGGCCCUGCAGGCCGUGAGGGCCGAGUCUGUUUUUGUGUGCACUAGACGCCUGCGGCCCACCUCAUAUGCACUCCAGCACCCCCAUCAGCUCCCUCUUCUCCUUCACCAGCCCCGCAGUGAAGAGACUGCUAGGCUGGAAGCAAGGAGAUGAAGAGGAAAAGUGGGCAGAGAAGGCAGUGGACUCUCUAGUGAAGAAAUUAAAGAAGAAAAAAGGAGCUAUGGAUGAACUGGAGAGGGCCCUCAGCUGUCCUGGCCAGCCCAGCAAAUGUGUCACGAUUCCACGGUCUCUGGAUGGGCGGCUGCAGGUGUCUCACCGCAAGGGUUUGCCCCAUGUUAUUUAUUGCCGAGUGUGGCGUUGGCCGGAUCUCCAGUCUCACCACGAGUUGAAGCCAUUGGAAUGCUGUGAGUUCCCAUUUGGCUCCAAGCAGAAAGAGGUGUGCAUUAACCCUUACCACUACCGCCGGGUGGAGACUCCAGUGCUUCCUCCUGUGCUAGUGCCAAGACACAGCGAGUAUAACCCACAGCUCAGCCUCCUGGCCAAGUUCCGCAGUGCCUCCCUGCACAGUGAACCACUCAUGCCGCACAACGCCACCUACCCAGACUCGUUCCAGCAGCCUCCGUGUUCUGCACUCCCUCCCUCUCCUAGCCACAUGUUCUCACAGUCCCCAUGCAUGGCCAGCUACCCUCACUCCCCAGGAAGUCCUUCUGAGCCGGAGAGUCCGUAUCAACAUUCAGUUGAUACACCACCCCCGCCUUAUGCCACAGAAGCCCCAGAGACCCAGAAUGGCCGACCUGUAGAUGCCACAACUGAUAGUCAUUUAGUGCUAUCAAUACCUAACAGAGACUUUCGACCAGUUUGUUACGAGGAGCCCCAGCACUGGUGCUCAGUGGCCUACUAUGAACUGAACAACCGAGUUGGGGAGACCUUCCAGGCUUCCUCCCGAAGUGUGCUCAUAGAUGGAUUCACUGACCCUUCCAAUAACAGGAACAGAUUUUGUCUUGGACUUCUUUCUAAUGUAAACAGAAACUCAACAAUAGAAAAUACCAGGAGGCAUAUAGGAAAGGGCGUCCACUUAUACUAUGUUGGGGGAGAGGUGUAUGCUGAGUGUGUGAGCGACAGCAGCAUCUUUGUGCAGAGCCGGAACUGCAACUAUCAGCAUGGCUUCCAUCCAGCUACUGUCUGCAAGAUUCCCAGCGGGUGCAGCCUCAAGGUCUUCAACAACCAGCUCUUUGCUCAGCUGCUAGCCCAGUCCGUUCACCAUGGCUUUGAAGUUGUUUACGAGUUAACGAAGAUGUGCACUAUCCGGAUGAGUUUCGUGAAGGGUUGGGGAGCUGAGUAUCACCGCCAGGAUGUCACAAGCACCCCCUGCUGGAUUGAGAUUCAUCUUCAUGGGCCACUGCAGUGGCUGGACAAAGUUCUGACUCAGAUGGGCUCUCCACAUAACCCAAUUUCUUCCGUGUCUUAACAGUCAAGUCUUCAGCUACGUUUCUAUAGAAUAGAUGCUAUUGCAGGCAGUGGCUUAUAUCAUUUCAGAUGUGCAACUAAUUGAAGUUUCUAAAUACAUAUGUAAAUACAUAUAAUGUGCACUAUUCAUAUUUUUAUCAACAUUUGUUUUGUGUUUUCUAGUUAAUCUGGUACCAGCACAGUAGAAUUAUAAACGCAGGUUUUUCAUGCCUAUGCUAUAAGAAGUUGUUUCUUUUGUGGGAGCCAAUGAAAGGCAACUGUGUCAAUAGCAUUUGACAGGUAUUGGCAGGACAAAAGACAGCUUCAUUCAGCCAUGUCAUAUAAAGUAUGUUUAUGGCCUAGCAAAAACAUUGAAACUGUUUAUAUAGCAAAAAGGCAGGUCUCAACACCACUAGAGCAAAUAACACAAAUAAACAACUCAGACAAAACAAACAAUCAAACCCAUACUUUUUAAAGGAUCUCAUGUUUAGUGCUAUUGGUAAGAAAAACAAAUCCGUCUUGAACAAUGAAUGAAGGAAGACAAGCCUCGGAAACUUCAUUUUAUUUGUGGAGUUGAAAUGCCUAUAGCUGGACUACUGUGCUGAUAUUAAUGGUACAUUUUAAACAGGUUUAAACUGUGAUAGGAAAAGGAGGAUACUGUGAAACUAAGAGUCGUGUUGCCUCAAUCUGCCACUGUAUAAUAAAUGAGUCUAAUAUGGAAAAACAAUUAGGAAGAUAGUAUGACAUAAUCAGAAUUGCCCAAUUACAAGAUAAAACCAGCACUUAGUUUAGGAACCACUCUCCUGAAGACUUUGGUGCCUGUGCAGUGUGCUAGAACACCGCGUGCUUAAGUCCUGGGCAGAGAAGAAGCAAGUAAAAUCGAAGGGUUGGACAAAGCAUUUACUUGCACUUCUCACAUUCUCACAUUUAAGUCUUUAGGUGAGUGUGCUCCCUUUGUGUCAUGUCCUUGCCUGUUGGCAAAUAUUAACUAUUUACCAAUUACCAAAGCAAUGGUACGUAAGGCCUUUGAGAAACCCUAGACACAUUACUGGAUCAAAUUUAUGAGUCACUUAACUUAGUCUCUAUUGAUUGAAUUAUCUACUGAUCAAAUCUGGUAGACUCUUAUAAGUGAAGUGAUAAUAAUUCCCUGUAAUUUCUGGGAAGUAGGGGUACUGAAUAAUAGGACAUCUUUUAAAAAUAAACAAUGUUAAAAAAACCUCUUCUGGAUGAUGAAAAUUCCCCAGACGCUUAGGUACUUUCAUAUAUACACAUAUAUAUAUAUAUAUAUGAAAUAUAUAAAAUUGCCACUCACUAAACACUGCGUUGCUUGGAAAAAUAUUCCACGCUCUCUUAAAAGUGUAUAACUUAAGAUGGCAGUUAUGCUUGUAACAGUACUCCAGUAAUCUAAGAGAUAUCUUCAUUUAUACGUUCUAUCUCAACUCUUUCUAGCACUAAUACACACGGUAGUUGUUUCUCAUUAAAUCGUAUUCACGGUAGAAAUGAUCAUGUGAAAAAGAUAUAUAAAUAGCUACUCCUGUCACGUCUUGCGAUGACUAGUAUUAUCUAAUAGAUAUAUACAAUAGAAAAUAAUUAUUACAUUUUACAUUAAAACUAGGUGGCCCGUCUAGUGUUUAGAAACACCCGUAGUUUAUUGGUUCAUUAGCUAUGUAUUGUGCACCCACCUAUAUGUGCCAGGUACAAUGUUAGGUGCUGUGGAAUUAAAUGUGAGUAAGAGACUGUCCCAGCUCUCAUGGAGCCAAGAGUCUAAUAGUAAAUCUGUUUGUAUAGACUUCUACAUGUUUCAGAACUUCUAAAACAAAAUAAUAGGAUUUUUCUUUAGCUUGGCAAAAUCUAAUGCCAUCUUGAAUUUAUUUCCCGUCUCUUUUGAGCAAUCAGGUAAUGGAUUCCUUGGAUAAAUGCUAUUUUUAUUCUAUGUCAACCAAUUGAUGUUUUUUCUACCCCUUGCUUCCCCAUUUCCCAAUAAUUCCUCAUCUCCUCUUUUCUUGGAAAAGGCGUUAAUGUGUUGAGUCUCCCAUGGGCACUAUUCCAUGAGAAAGCUUUAAGUACACAUGACUUUUUCUUCAGAGCUCAAACAGAGCUUUCUUGAUCUCUCAACUGUCAGACUCAUCCUUCGCUAAUCUUACGCUUUCAUAGAAUUAAUUGGAAUCAGUGGCUUAUAAGUGAUAGUAAAAAAUAAUGAAGAAAUCCUAAAACAUUGGAUUUCUAUGCAGCUUUGGGAAACUAGCUUUGUAGUGAAACCUGAAUUAUUUUUGUGAAAAAUAAAUGAUUAAAUUGGAACAUAUCAUCGUCAGUCAUGUCUAGCUAAAAGCCUUUUAUUUGGGUACUUGUGAAACUCAGAGAGUUUAGAAUUGGUUAAAAGUAAACCCUUUAGUCACAAUGUGAGAUAAUCACUUUAUAGUAAGCUUUUUUCCCCUCCUCUUUUGCUGCCAGUAGCUCUCAAAAAAUAAUAUUGCAGUAUUUGAUUUCAGACUUUUAAAUGUGCUUGUUUAGCACUCAUUCCUUGAGGUUGACAAUCCUUCCCAAAACUGAAUAGCAUUCCUUUAUGAGGUAAUUAGAAAAGUGUACUUACUAAGCCUUUACAUAUGUCAGCACUGCAAAACAUGUUUAAAGUUGCCA